UCUGAACCGCGUCCCGACUGCUGGUCGACACACGUCUGACAAAUUUGCACAAAGAUCAGCAGAUGUGCUUGGAGAUGUGAGGAGGGGGCAAAGGGGAGGUCUCCCUCACACUGGCCUCUAACACUCCCCCCUCCUCCUCCUCCCUCCCGGAGACAUGUGCUCCCUCUGUGCCAGCAGACGGCUUCAGCUCGCAGCAACUGAUGCACAGACAGCUGCUGCUUCUCCCUCUUUCUCCCUCUUCACUCACAUCUUUUCUCUACUUUCCCCUUUCCUCUCCUUUCCUCGGCUCUUUUUUCCCAGCCGGAUAUAAAGGCAGGUCCGUUCGGAGGGAGAGGGCUUGUGUAAUCUGCACACGAGCGGCGGGGAGGCAGGGCUCCACACACACCUCGAGCCAAAAGUCCUGGAAAAAGAGAAGCGGGAACACCUCUAAGACAAGAGAGGAGAGGAAGACUUUUCAGAGCGAAAGACUGGAGAGAAGGUGGAGUUUGCAGACCAUGCCGGGCUGCUGGGUGCUGCUCGUGUCCCUGUUGGUCCUGUCUACAGGAAGUGCCUCCAGAAGAAUGAGAAAAAGAGCUCUCAAUCAUAAGGACUAUGAGUAUGCCAACCAUCCCCAGUCUACGCAGCACCAGAAGAACGACAGGUGUCCGCCGCCGCCCCAGAUGCUGCCGGAGCGAGCCUGCGAGGUCCCGGGCUGCCGCUCAGACUCCGAGUGCGAGCGCCACAAACGCUGCUGCUACAACGGCUGCAUCUACGCAUGCCUGGAGUCCGUCCAGCCGCCUCCAGUGCUGGACUGGUUAGUGCAGCCCAAGCCUCGCUGGCUGGGAGGCAACGGCUGGCUGCUGGACGGCCCUGAGGAGGUUCUACAAGCUGAGGCCUGCAGCACCACUGAGGACGGAGACGAGCCUCUUCACUGUCCCACAGGCUACGAGUGCCACAUCAUCAACCCAGGAAACCCUGCCGCUGGCGUCCCAAAUCGAGGUCAAUGCAUCAAGCAACGAGGCAACUCUGAUGGACGUGGUUUGAGACAGAAAUAUUUUAAAGACUACAAGGACUAUUUGGGAUCCAGUUCUAACAACGCUGUAGGCUAUGAAAAACAUCAUCACAAGCACCUCGGAUGAAGCGGCUGGACUCUCAGCUCUGACCCAACGCGACCUCAGACACCAGCCCAGGCCCAUUCCACCCUCUCACAGCUGAACCAGGAGCAACUGCUACCUCCUCUUUACCAAGCCCUGUCUUGCAGCCUCGCCUCCAAAACGUGUCCUUUUGAAACAAGUGUUAUACUUAAAUCCCGGAGCCAAAGAAAAAGAGUGUUUCUUUUAGUCAGAUGUCUAAGGAAACAGGGUGGAGGGUGAAACUGGACAAGCAGGUAAAGAGAGAGCAGGAAGUGCACCAAAGUUGUAAAUAUGACGAACCAGCCCCAUUUUUUUUUCGAUUCUCUGAAGCUCUUGUCGUCUGUAAGACUCAUUUUUGUCCUCACAAAGACGUGUGCUCUAACCUGGUGGCCGGACAGCAGAGAAAUAAAGGCCAUGCCGGCCUCUUACACACUCUGUGAGGAACUCUGCUGAGAGUCCCUCUGAAAUCUGGAAAGAAGAAACCUUCCCUCUGCCGUGCCUGCAUGAAUCAACUCCAGAUGUGAUUUAAUAACAAAACAAACAUCUGUAAUUGGCAGAAAACAAACUCUGAGUGUGUGGUUUGUUACACAAUUCAAAACAACUAUGCUGGAGAUGCUGUACGAAAAGUCAAAUAAAGCUAAAUAGAUAAAAUAGUUUUUUUUAGAGGUACUUUUCCUUUAAGGGAGAAAGUUGAUGAAGACAAGGUAAUUACAUCUUUAAAAACAAACAAACCUGCACAUGUGUAGUGAUCGGUACUAAAAAGACUGAUUUAGAUUGGAUUAUCUCAUUAAAAUGCACAUGUUCAAACAGGAAUUAGUUCAAUUCGAACACCAUGGUGUGAUCACCCAAGUAUUUCAUGCUUGUGUAACCCGAACAAAUCCAUUCUGUCCAGUAAAAAUGCAGGGAUUCAGCAAAGCACUAAUCUAAAUUGUUCGAAACUGUUCCAGCUCCAGAAAUCUUCGAUAAACUCAAAUAGUGCUCUGUUUUAAAUGCUACAGAUCUGGACCUAUGAUAAGCUGAAUGUGUGAAAGAAAAGAGAUCUGUGCUCUGUGCAGAACUUAAGCUUUGUCUGGAUGUUAAUCUCUGACUGGUGCUACUUUUGUGCCUUGUGCAUCCAAAUAAACCUCAUAACUGAACAA